GUCUGUGUAAACUGAUGGAGGCGGAGCAGUCGGUGUCUCAGCUCUCGGAGGAGCUGGUGUUGAAGGAGCAGGAGCUCGCUGUCGCCUCCCAGAGGGCAGAUCAAGUCCUGCAGGAGGUCACCGCCAAAGCUCAGGCUGCCGAAAAGGUGAAGCAGCAGGUGCAGAAGGUGAAGGACAAAGCUCAGCUCAUCGUCGACGAGAUCGAAGCCGAUAAAACGUCUGCAGAGUCCAAACUGGAGGCUGCAAAACCGGCGCUGGAGGCUGCAGAGGCUGCACUGCAGACCAUCAAACCGGCCGACAUCGCCACGGUGAGGAAGCUGCAGAAGCCUCCUCAUCUCAUCAUGAGGAUCAUGGACGCCGUCCUGCUGCUGUUCCAGAGGAAGGUCGCCGAGCCUGUCCCGCUCUGAGACACACACACACGCACGCACACACACACACACACA